CGGAUCCUUUUGUAUAUAUUUUCGUUUCAAAUUCUAACCUCAUUAUUUUUUUGUUCUACACAAAAAUAUAUACGUAAGUUUGCGUCGAUAGUUCAAUAAAGAUACCAAACCAGACGAAAUGCAUUGAAGAGAUUUAUAUAAUGGCAUCAUUUUUAACACCCAAUAGACAUGGGUACAGCGUUAGAUUUUCACCUUUCCGACCGGAACAUCUUGCAGUUGCGACAAGUCAAUAUUUCGGUUUAACAGGUGGAGGUACUUUAUUUCUUUUGGAGUUGACACCGGACAAAAAGCUGAUACAAUUGCAAAGUUUCAACUGGUCAGAUGGACUGUUUGAUUGCGUAUGGUCAGAGGCAGAUCCGGCGUUAAUAGUCACAGCUUCGGGUGAUGGAAGCUUACAACUGUGGAAUUUGUCAAUCUCAACGAUACCGCCACAAAUAUUUCAUGAGCAUAUUAAGGAAGUUUACUCCGUAGAUUGGAACAGAACUCGUCAAGAGCAAUUGAUUUUAAGUGCAUCGUGGGAUGCAACAAUCAAAGUAUGGGACCCUACGAGAAAAGCUUCGUUGAACACAUACAUGGGACACUCACAAUUAGUUUACAAUGCGAUGUGGUCCCCCCACAUUCCUAACUGUUUUGCGUCGGUUUCCGGUGAUGGAACUUUACGAAUUUGGAAUUCAUUAAAUGCAGAAGGUGCGACCGCGCUUUGCAAAGCGCACGAUGCCGAAGUGCUCUCUUGUGAUUGGUGUAAAUAUGACCAAAAUAUUUUAGCUACUGCCGGUUCGGAUGGUUUUAUUAAAGGUUGGGAUUUAAGAAAUUUUUCCCAACCGAUUUUUCAUUUAAAGGGAUGCGAGUAUGCUGUACGAAGAGUGCAAUUCUCGCCUCACUCUUUAAGUAUGAUGGCAUCUGUUAGUUACGAUUUUACUACUAGAAUAUGGGACUUCAAGCACAGUUCCGAGGCUUUAGAAACUAUACAACACCAUUCCGAAUUUGUUUACGGGUUAGAUUGGAAUGCACACCGAAAAGGCGAGCUCGCUGAUUGUGGAUGGGACAGUUUAGUGCAUGUUUUUUCACCUUCAUCGGUCAGGAGUCAACUUAGUAGGCUUUAAAGUGGAUUUUUUAAGACUGACGUUUGUUAUUUAAUAAAGGACCUUUUUGUUAUCGUUUCCAGUUAAACACACAUUGCUCUGUGAUGUUAUAUUAAUUUUUAUACCUUAUAUCUGUGGUGUCAGUUUCAAUUGUUUUCAACUCUUAUAAACAUUUACGAUUAGGUCACAGUUUAUUGUUAUAUGCUUAAUUUAACAAAUUCCAUUAUAUUCUUUUUUAGGAAACUGACUGUGAUUUGGUAUCCUAUUUUGUAUAUUUGACAAAAACGAACUUUAAUAAACGUUUUUAGAAAAA